GGGGGGGGGGUGAGGGUGUGAGGGGGUGAGGGUUGAGAAACUUGCCCCCCUCCCUCCAUCAUUUCAACUGCCGCCACUCGCUGGGAGAUGUGAACCGGUGACCCCUCUGGAGUGCGAGUCCAGCGUGCCGGCCCGCUAACGCCACCGCCGCCGUGGGUAGCCUGUCCCCUGCGAGUCUAGGCACCCGUCCGCAAUAAUCCCGUUACACCCGCCACCCACCCACCCACCCACCCCGGAGAUCCCCGCCUCACUGUGCCCUCCUCCCGUCUCGUGACAGGAAGAAGUUUUAAUGGUAUUCUUGUUCGGUAUCGUUUAAGCAGCCUUGACCAGAUUUGUCAUUUGAAAAAAAAAUGUCAUUAUUUAAAAACAAGGGAGGGGAAGAGACUGAAACUGUCAGUGUGUUUUAGCAUGUAUAACGCUACAGCUGUGGAGUAAUUAAGCAAAUUGUUUUGGUGACACUGCAUGGGCAGUGGUGCACAAGUAAAAUAACUUUUUAACAAAUAACACUGCGGCCGUGAAAAGGACAACAAUAAAUGAUGAGCAACGUUUUAGACAAUGGCCCUCCUUCGCAGCACACACGUGAUGAUGAAUGUGCUAUUAAGAUCAUCGACGUCUGUGAUAGCCAUUAAGACUCUUUGCCCUCAAACGCCAAUUCUUACAUAUAUUUCCUUUUUUAUGCACGUUCAACCUCUUUUGCACAUAGCCAACCGUGCUAAAUCGGGGGAAGGACAUUCUUGAUUCUUUCGGUAAAGUCAUGUAGAUAGAAACAAAUAAAUGUAAAAUAAAAAUAAUAAAAAUAAAUUGAAGAUAAAAGCAAAUACCCCACAAAAAAAUGUUAAGUAAAAAUACAUUGAAAAUAAUCAAAGCAACCAACAAAAAUACAGCAAACUAAACUUUUUUAAGGCCACAGUGUUAUUGACAAACGUGUUGACUGUUUUUUUUAAUAUAUAAAGCAAUCAGAACUCACGAAUAUUAUAAGUAUUACAAACAUUGCUACUGUUAUUGAAAACAGAUGUCAGCUAGCAGUCACAAUGACAGUUCUAAUCAUGCGAGAGUAUUUAAAAAAUGAUCUUACAGUAGCGACACGUGGAGUAACGUAGAACGCUAAAGGACUCCACACUUGAAAAUGUGAACAGCUUGGGCAGUCACGUCCUGGGGUUUGUCACGGGGAAAAUUGUUGAACCUCUCCAGAUUUUAAAGCCACUUAACUUUUUAAGUGUUUGGAUUGAAUAGACAGGCAUUGAAAGCGCCUGGAAGGUACUUGUUGGUAAUGGUUUUUUUUGCUGGUAAAAAACGAAAAUACUUUUUACAAAAUCUCCAUCCUUGAAAUAAUAACCGUUUUGUAGAUGCUGUGUAAAAGUGUGACACGAUCCUGUGUGGAAUUUAACACGGAAACUCCCAUGACUCGAGACUUGGUUGUACACCUUAAAUCGCAUUUACAAUUGACAGAACUUUGUUGUCAAUCCACUGCCUCUAUGGAUGAAGUACUGGCUCAGAUAAUCACUCGCCACCUCACGUUUUAGGUGUCGCUACCAGGAGCAGAAUCUUGGAUGGCUGGCCUGCUUUCGCAGUCCGUCCCACCCCACAAAGCAAAUUAUCCAAAAAAGCGUCAGGGGAGGGGAGUUGCGGCGCCUCUCGUACAACUGUUAUUGCAAUCGGGUGCAAUGUUUCCAUUUUUUUAUUCCAAAUUGAAUGUCAUAAAACGUUUGUAUUAUCAAGGGGGCAUUACAGCUCUGGUGACACUUGAUAUUCCGAUAACACCUUAUCAAGACUGCUCUGAAACCUCGGAGGAUGUUUAAUUUGUUUGAAUUCCACAAAGGAUCCUCUACGGUUUAAAAAAAAAUACGAGGAACAUCUGGCAAGACUUUUUCGAGCAGCACAUGAGUUGCAAAGUGUUGUGAAGUCUGAUAUAUAUUUUUGUACCUGAAUUUUAGAAGUCAACUUUUUUUGCAACUUUUAACCUUUCCAUGCCGACUUAAGAUUGCAAACGAUGCUUUUGUCUCUCUUUAUUUUUACUCCCGCCCCUCGCUUGUUUCGUUCGUGAGGACACGCGGGAAAGCGUGGCAGAUGAGAGACUUUAAAGUGGAGAAGUAAUGGAGUAGAGUUUGUGUCGGCUUUGUGUGUUUCCGCGUAAAAAACAAAAUCGUGCAAAAUGAUUUCACGAACAAAAGGUUAAUUUGGGUUCCGUGAAACGCGGCGCUAAAACCGCAUAGCACCCGUUUUGACCCAUCUGCAAAGCUUGGCACGACGCACUUACACUUAAUUUUAAAAGUGAAAUGUUCAAUACGUGUGGUUUAUUUCAGUGGCGUUACGUCCCGCUUGAACCCGUCCGAACUUGCAUUCAUGCGUCAAGAUUCACCAGGCGAUGCUCCGGCAAACGGAGCACCCUCUUGGCAUGUCCGCACACUGCAGUGACAAAUAUUGCCCCAACAUUCUCCAACGGCUAUGGCAGAAGGAAGCAAUUUUCACUCGACGCUGCCGCCAAUUCAUCCUUCGGCUCGCGACACGCACGCGGUGGAACUCCCGCACAGGUCGGAUCAUAUUCGCGGUGCAUUUGGUAUUCGUGCAGUCCCGUGCAGUGCACAUCGCUUCAAAGACCAUCAGGGCCUGCUGCAGUGGCUUUGUAGGACGGGGAAAUGUUUGCCACGUGGCUCCCCCCCCCCCCGUCCAAUCAUGACAUUUGCAAAUGUACAAACAUUUGCACCGUGACGCCGGCACCAAAUGGCCUACCAUUUUUGGAAUGCCACCACCUGAUCUUAACGUGCGCUCUGAAGCAGACUGGAUAUAACUUUGAUAUAUUUUUUCCUUCAGAUUGUACACAGGCAGUGUUGACCAGUGCAGCGUUGACCAGUGCAGCGUUGACCAGUGCAGCGUUGACCAGUGCAGCGUUGACCAGUGCAGCCGCUGGCUUUGAACGACGGAUGCUUGCAACAAAGCAGGGACCGUUAUUUUUAAACUCCGCUCGACGUCACAGGUCGUAGGGUUCACGCAACUCCUGCAGCCACUAGUGGCCGUUAAAUUCGCUCAGUGUUGAAUAUGAAGUAUCCAGGUUGCGGCGAUCCAUCCAAUUUGCCUGCGUGAGUGGCGAAUCCUUUCGCAUUAUCGGUACUUUUACAAUUUUUCAGAAAUGUCCAUAACUAGUUGAAGGUGAUGCACAAGAAUAGCCUGCGCAUGUGAUCGACGACAAACCCCCCGUGUGGUCUUCAACAUCCUAGCACAUACUUUACGGCGCACAUGGGGACAGGACGAAUGUAUGCAGACCUUCUUUCGCGACCUAUAUACCGUGCGCACAUUGCCGAAGUGACUGGACAGCCACUGAACUGGUUACAGGCAAACAAGCCGGCCAGCUCGUUACAAUUCCAACCACUUUUGCCCAGGAAUUUACAAUAUCUUGUCGGUUCAUCGCUGGGUGACGCUCUAUCGCCCCACGUGGGUCGUGUGGAUCUUUAGAGAAACGCUCUUCACCAUGCUGGUCGGUAGACAAAGCGAUGAAGGCGGGGAGCAUGAAUGUGGGAGCAUAGAAGUACAGCGCAAUAAUGGAUUCGGCUGAACUUCCCUCUUGCCCACAAUCAUUUUUGUUCAUGUAUGCUACCAUAUUUUUUGUUUUAUAAACACUGCCGUCGUUUUUUUAUGUCUAUGUUCACCAAUCAACUUCGUCUUCACUCAAACAUCAACCAGAACAGUUGGCCUGGCUGUACUCCACAGCAUGUAGUGAGUAGGCUGGAACUUUACCAACACGUGACCGUCUUAUGCUCUGUCGAAUAGUCCCACAGUAUCCCGACAGCCACUUGAAACUCCGAAUGACAUUAGUCAACGAUACCUCGUGCACAAUACCUGGGCAUUCAUUUUAGCCGGAGGCUGAGCUCCAGGGUUGUGGAGGGUCCUGGGGAGGGGGCGGGUUGUGGAGGCUUUGGGUGGCUUACAGCCCCUCUCCUCGCUCAGAACAGAGUAUUUGGCUGCUGCCGCCACGAUACAUUUCCAAAUGUUUGAAGCCACCUCGUUGAGCUAUCAUUUGUGAUAGCCAGGUCCGGUUUCUGAAAAAGAGCGAAUAUAGCUCAGUUGGCCUUACCUGGUGAAAUGAAAAGUUUAGCCGAGGUCAGAUGAUAGUUUUAUUUCGCGUGACAAAUGAAACCAUGGUGACAUCCGCCAGUCGUUGUUUUCAAGUAAACUGGUUAGCGAAUAAAACUCAUUGCUUUUUUAAUGCGAUUAAAAAAAAUCUGAAUGAAAAAUGAAGUACCCUUUUGUUAAUGUGGUGUACAAUUUACAUAAAAUGGGCACGGGUUCUGUUGCCAACCAGUGGGAGCCACGGCGACUUUUACACCACUCGAAACGCGACCAACUUUGGGAUAUUUUACAACGUUGCAAAUACUCUAUACCUCAAGGAGGCAUUGCAGUGACUUCUCGCUAUGGAAGGAAGCUAUCGAUGUGUCUUACGAGUAUUCACGAUUGCUCGCCACGUGACUGUCGCGUGCAUGCGCGUGCAUAUGCACAAAUCUCAUUUCAUCUAUCCGCAAGUCAAUGGCGCGAUGCCACUUACUAAAAAAAAAAUUCCAAAUUACCGAUAGCUUACCGUCAUUUUUUUUACAAAUUCAAAAUAAGCCAUUGCUGAAACAAAUACACACGGCUAAAUUCUCUACGAUUGAACAAAUCUUUCACGGUUUGCUGGCGUACCAGCCCACUUUAUCCCUAGAUGUAUAUAACAUCAAACCCGAGAUGUACAUAACAUCAAACAAGGGGCAAUGGGAGCUCUUCAGAUCCCGAAGAAACUCCCCUACGCGUGGAGUGAAAGGGACAUUGCCGGAAUAUUCACGAGACAAGACCCGAAAAUCACGUGGUAGCGCUUAACCGAUUUAACUUCAUUUUAAAAAAAUAUAUAACAUUUAAUAAAAAAGAGAAAUGCAAGAUAGGUUUAGGACAAACUGCAUCUGCGUAUCUGCAUUAUAAAGAAAAUACACGCUUGAGGAUCGGUUUGGUGUUCAUUGUAUGCGUUGUAGACAUGUAUUCAAAUCGUAACGGAUGUGUGUGUACAAAUCAUGAUUUGUAGCUGACAGGUUAUUGAAAAAUAUGAUUUGAUAAAAAAAAGAUGUAUUGAAUGUUCUUAGCGUCCAUGGGUAUUUAAGUUCUCUUUAUGCAUUACAAAAACACGAAUCUCUCACCCUUUCUCCAGGUAGCAUAAUGUUAGUCUGCCGAUGUUGUAUUUAUGUAUUUAGCAUAGGUACUGACGAGAUUUCGUUUGCUCUUGUUAGAAACACUUAAUUACUGUAUUUUUCACAUCCAAGACUUUGUUGUUGUUAAGACCACAGUCUGCGCGCCCAGUCCCCGUUGUGCUGAGAGUGGCGACCUGCGGCUCGGAGCUGACGAUCCUUCAGGGCAGUCUUGGGUCCUUGGAACCAGCCAUGGGGCCUAGAGGCCGGCUCCAGCACAUGGCCUCGGUUCUCUUUGCCUCGACCGACUCGCUGUGGGCCUCCCUUCACAAAGACAAUUUCCAACCCCCCCCCCCAUCCCCCCUCCAACCCUCUUGAAUCCAAGACUGCCUUGAGGUCAAGCAGUACCGUGUGACGCAAGUCCCCCCCCCCACCCUCUCUUUCAGACUCAGUGCCAUGGUCUCGUGAAACCGUGGGUGGCAUUGCACGGCAAUGUUUGUGCCGCUCCGCGCGUCUGCGCGUACGCGAAUGCGCGCGCGGGCGCGCCACUUGCGCCUCUUCCAUCGGGGCCAAGGCUCGCAAACUGGCAGACGCGAGCCGAAACGCGAUGACGAUGCCUCGGCGGUUCACGCUCGGUAUGUCGGUGACACGGGGCGGGUGGGACGGGAGAGGAAGCUUCAUCGGCGCGUUGGUGCCAGCGCGUGAACGUGGUUUUUGCUCGGAACGUGCGCGAUCGGGACCACCACACCAUGGGGCGAUGCAUUUGUGUCGAGGCCAGUGAACCGUCUCGUGAUGCUUCGAGAACAAUGCAUCACGUGCAGGGGAGGGACGGGGGGCUGAGGCUCGACUUGAACUGAACUACCGACGUAGCCACAUAUCAUCAUACACUGUCACUUUAGAGGUGGGGGGGUCCCCCUAGAGGGGGGAAGGGGUCCCCCUCGUGUUGUCGAACCCCACUCGUGCCUGCCGCUCCCUUCAUACCACGCGGCAGCAACGGAAUCCCUCACCGCUGCUGCUUUUGACAUUUGUUUUGAGUGAACCACACCCUCCAUCUUCAGCUAACCUCACCAUCUUCAGUUAACCUCACCCUCCAUCGUCAGUUAACCUUACCAUCGUCAGUUAACCUCACCAUCUUCAGUUAACCUCACCAUCGUCAGUUAAGCUCACCAUCUUCAGUUAACCACACCCUCCAUCGUCAGUUAACCUCACCCUUCAUCGUCAGUUAACCUCACCAUCUUCAGCUAACCUCACCAUCUUCAGUGAACCACACCAUCAUCAGUUAACCUCACCAUCGUCAGUUAACCUCACCAUCUUCAGUUAACCUCACCAUCUUCAGCUAACCUCACCAUCGUCAGCUUAACCACACCCUCCCACCACAGACAGUGCAGGGGAGAAGCCGCUGUGGGACAACACUGAAGCUAUUUUAGUUUUCCCAAAUAAAUCUCGGCGGCUGAAGUGAGCGGUCCGUAGCUUUCCUUUUUUCUCCAAACCAAAGUUUUUUUAUCGACCGCUGUCAAAGGUUAGCUACGACAUAGAUUGCACUGAAUACCGAAUAUAAUAAUUGGUAGAACCUUGAAGGGAGCUGCUGCGAGGGUGACCUGCUUUUAGCCUUGUAACUACGCAGGUACGGAAAUCCUAGUGCCAGCCAGUGCCGGAUUAAGCUAGUGCAGGAUCUGUAAGGAUAUGUUAGAAAGGGGACCUACAUUUUUUUUAAAAACCCUAUAAAUAUUAAAACACGUACAUUUUUACUUUGCAUAGUAAAGUAAUUGUAUUUUUUCAUUUGCUAUACAGCCAGAUGAUACGACAAAUCGCUAACCUUAAACACCCAGUCGUUUAUAAAAGUUGAAGGCAGUAUAGUAUUGUAGUAAUAGAGAAAGUGCAGAAUGACUGAACCGGAAUUGAUAGCUUGAAAGUAUUUAGCGCGGGGCCCUUGAAAGUGCGGGGCCCGUGGCUGCUAGUGUAGCUACUUUUGCUACGAGGAUAUAAUCCGGCUCUGGUGCCAGCCAUCCCCUUUGACCCCUGGCAAGUUUGACGACCCCAGGAAAAUUUGACGACCCCCAGCCUGAUGUAAAUCUCUUUGCUCAUUGACGCCUUGGAUAUUGUCACACUGCAUACAGCACCGUACACAACAACAAUAACAAACCCCCUUUUGUGGUGUUUAAACAAAUGUGAAGAAAAACAAAUCUCGAAGCUGCUCUGUGCUGCGUCUCGUCGUGCUCCCGGUCAUCAGGAUCCCACCGUCUCCACCGUCUUUGCCCCACAUAGCGGCGGCGUAGCGCGGUUGGAACGGGCCCUGUGGUGCGAGCAGUGAAAAUGUGCCGCUCCCCGCCCCAGUAUCCACCUCGAUGUAGCCCGGUCGCCGCCGGCACACGGGAAGGUGAUUGAACGGUCCCGCACACGCGACAGCUCACCCACUGUUGGCCAACUGCUGACGUGACGACCCAAUUUGUAAGUGUUCUGUGCAUUUCAGAGCAGCGUCGCUCUCGUGGGUUUGGACAGCGUGAUGCUUGUAGCAGAGUUGGGCUGGUGGUGGUGGUGGUGUUGGUGUUAUUGUGUCUGUGACUCACGUAAGACAUUCCGCAAGUCAUCCCCAAAUCUUGACGUUGUUCCGUCACGAAUGUUUCACCCGGCUGGAGUUUGAGUAAUUAAAAAAAAAAACGACUCCUGCGAUCGGACCCCGUGUGUACGCGUCACAAAAAAUAUUUAACGCAGUGCUGUGGAGGUAAACGUCCGACGUUUCAGGUCCCAGAGGAUUCCCCCGAGUUGUGUCGAGGUUGUCUCGGUGUUCCGCUAGCCGUGGAAAUGCCCUCAAGUUUGACUUGACAUCACACAACACCGUCGACUUUCUAUAGAUUUUCGUUUUGUGUGUGUGUGUGUGUAAAGCGUCACUUGUCAAUAAUAUUGUUCAUGUUGUGUACAUUGGCGAUGCCCAAUAGGGUGCGAGUUCAGGCAAGGUUGUGUCAAGGGUUUCGUUUUCUCCGGUCUCCAAGUCAUUUGCUGUGCCGUGCAAAUUGUAAAAAAACAAACCCAUGUGUCCCUCAAAUAAAGAUCCUAGUGAAGAACCUCCCACUGACGUUGCGCGUCGCAUCUCGUUAACGUAUUAAGUUACGAGGCACCCACUCCGCUGACCAAGUCACCUGGGUUCGAAUCCAGGCAGCCACCUGUGAUUAAGUGCCUCUUAGAAGUCGGUGCAGAUCGAACGCUGCUGCUGUUGUGAAUGUGCAGCAGCAGCAGGGAUUGAUGAUGAUGAUGGCCGUGUUCCACACGGCAGGGGGCUGCCACGGAGACGCGAGGCCCCGGCAGGGACAGCCAUGCCCCGUGGUGUAGAGAGCAGCAGCAGCAGGAGGCUGCGAGUCGCACUGCCGCUGCUGCCGAGAGUUCCACCGUGGGCUGCGAUGCAGAGCGGACAGAGACGCGAGGCCCCGGGCAGUGAGGAGCAGCGCCUUGCUCCGUGGUGGAGCGAGGCGGGGUCUCGCGCUUGCAUCUGCAGGCACCGUGCAUCAAUCAAAUGGAGGUUUGUUAUGGGCAGCUGCGGAGCUACGUUGUGGGCGGGAGAGGGCCAUCGCAUCCAAAUCGAUUGUUGUACAUCAUGCCCCAGAGUCUUCACAGCCCCGCACGGACCAGCGUCGUUGAUGUACCGUCAAUGAACGCCCACGUCCGACAUGGGUGGCGUGGUCCCUCGUUCAGUAGCGGAUGAAGGCCACCCAACGCAGUGCGUGUAAAUAGAAAUCGACGGAGAAUUGACUCGUUUACACGCAACUGUAUGCCUGUACUGAGGAUGUAUCGAUAAUACGCUUUGCAUCCGAACUAAUCUUGGUCUAAAGACAGCGCUGGAAGUUAUUUCUCUACGCGUGUAACCAAGAGAAAUACUGCACCCCGAUGUUUAAUCGAAUCAAGGACUUUGUUGUAGUGUCAAGGCUCAGACCACAAUUGAAAUAUUGUCCCUUCUGAAUUACAAAGAAGAUCGUUAGCCUACCUAUCACCCUAACAAUCGUGAUGGAGCCGCAGUCUGGCUCUACAGCCAGAAUAAUCACGUCUCCCAAGAGCCCUUUUGUACCUGGCAAAUGUAAAUUACUCAGGGAUCGUCGCAACAUGCACCUGUAGAUGAUGAACAUGGGAAAUUGCCCAUAUAAAUAAGGGCUGUCCGUUUUACCGUUGGAGAACGAAGUCCUUAUCAGCACAUUUGCAAACCGUGUCAAGCGAUGAUUACGUUAAAAGGGGAAGUGGGUUUUGGACUUUGAGAAACAGCUGACGAGUGAGAUAAACACACACACUGGACCCAAGUUUCGAACAGAACCCCAGUCUCGUACCCAGCCAACGCGACCAGGUUGAAGCGUGUGCACAUUUGUGACACCCCCUCUAUUUGGUUGUUCGAUUGCGGAUCGUAGCAUUCGACAAUGACGAAUGCAAGUUGUUCGACGAUGAAUUUCCACGACUGAAGAUUGAAAACGCUCGCUGCUUGGACCACUUCACAGUCGGGACACCUGCGGGGGGCGUCGGAGAUGGGAGACGCGGCCGCCUUCGAGAGCGGGGGGCCCGCGGGGAGCGAGCCCGGGGGGCCGGGUUCGGGGCCCCCCCAGACGUUCGUGUUCAUGGACGCGGAGGCGACCGGGGUGGCCCGCGACCGACCGCGCAUCACCGAGCUGUGUCUCGUGGCCACCGACCGCUUCGCCCUGGAGAACGUGAGCUACGGGCCGGGCGGCCUGCCCAGGCCGCCACGCGUCCGGGACAAGCUCACGUUCUGCCUGGACCCCAGCAAGCUGGUGUCGAACACGGCCUACCAGCUCACGGGCCUGAGCAACGAGAAGCUGGCGGAGAACCGGCGUCGUGAGUUCGAUGGCGACGCCGUGGCGCUCGUGUCCGGCUUCCUCGCCCGGCAGACGCCUCCCGUGUGCCUCGUGGCGCACAACGGAAUCCAGUUCGACUUCCCGCUGCUCAAGGUGGAAUUCUUUCGCGUCGGCGCGUCCCUGCCGGCCGCCACGCUCUGCGCUGACACUCUCCCCGCGCUGCGCUCCAUCAUGGCCAGCAACACCGCGUGGCAGCCGCCCUGCGGAGCGGCGAAACCGGGGGGGCCUCCCGGCGGCCGCGCUCGCAAGCGCAAACUCAGGGCCGACGGUGGCGAGGUGGCGGGGGCCCUCUCCGACGAGGCGAUCCAGGAGGUGGUGGCGGCCGGCGGUGUGAAGUUCGGUCUGAGCGACCUGUACGAGCUGUUCUUCGGACGUGGCCCGCCGGCGGGGCUGCACAACGCCGAGACGGACGCGCUCACGCUGCUGCGGCUCGCCCAGCGCCGCGCGCCGCAGCUGCUCCCCUGGAUCGACGGCCACGCGCGGCCCCUCGCCGACAUCCCCCUCCUCUACGUGCCCAGCCCCUCCAAGCGGAAGCCGGCCAGGGCCGCCGCCAGCCAAACAACGGGCAAGCGUGAAGUGGCGAUUGGCAGUGGGCGAGCAUCCUCAGCAUGUUACAGAACACUGCCUGAGAAGUGCUCCGCUCGGAUUGCACAGCAGCAGUCGUCGCUCCCCGACUGA